ACAUCCCUAUAUCAUAGGGUGGUGGUAAAAGAUGGUCAACCAAUUUCUCAUCCACCAACACACACACAGCAACCAAAUCUGGUCUUCCAAUCCAGACACAACAAUACCAAUAAAUAUUUUAACAUUGUAACGUUUUGACACACACGAGGGGGGGGCACUUGACUCUCUUUCCUUUUGGGGUUUUACCAAAACAAUAGAAGAAGAAGAGAAGAAGAAAAAAGCUUCAUUACUCAACCCUCUCCCCCUAUGGGCUAUGGCCGUCUAAUCUUCUUCUCUCUUUAACACGAAGCAGAUUCAUCACAGACAAAGAGAGACCCUUUAUUGCAAGCUCACUUUUCUCCAAAUUUCUUCUUAUUCUUCUCCAAAAGAAGGAGGAUUCUGGUGGUGGUGGUGAGGCAUAAUUUUUUAAUUUGAUAGAUUAUGUCGAAAAAUGAAUCAGGUGGUAGUAGCCCAGGUUGGACUGCAGCGUUUUUUAUGCAGACAACAGAAGAAGUUGCAAGAGCUGUUGUAGCUGCAGCUACUGGUGCUAAUAACCCUGGUCAUUCGCCACGCCCGUCCGUUGUUUUUUCGUCUAAAGAUGAUAGUAAUAGCCAACUACAGAAAUUACAGCGGCAGGUUACGAAAGUGUUAAAGGGAUGGUCACCACCUGCGGAAGUCAAAAGAGUUACUUACAAUCCUGAGGUGUUAACUAGCUUGAAACGACAAUGGGCAAGGUUUCAGUCGCUGUCAUUGGAUCAUAAGUCAAUAAAGGAGCCCACCAAGCUUUUCGAGAGUAUGGUAGUUGUUGGACUUCAUCCUAACACUGAUGUUCAGACACUACAAAACAUGAUAUUAGCCAGAAAAUCUGAAGGGUCGGGUAAAUUGCGAAGUGCUCUGGGUUGCAAUCAUUCAGCGCGUGUUGAACCAAACCUUGAACCACAGGUUUUGUUUGUAUACCCUCCAGAAAAACAGCUGCCGCUCAAAUAUAAGGAUCUUGUAUCAUUCUGCUUUCCAGGAGGUCUGGAGGUUCAUGCUGUUGAAAGAACUCCUUCAAUGAGUGAGUUGAGUGAAAUUCUCCUUGGACAGGAACAUUUCAAACAAAGUGAUCUAUCCUUCGUAUUCCGUUUACAGGUGGCAGAUGAUUCAACUUUAUAUGGAUGCUGUAUGCUCGUUGAAGAAAUUGUACAAAAACCUUCAGGACUGAUUUCAAUGAUCUCAGAUAAACAACCUACCAGAUCGUCGGCUGGUCGUCAAAUUUUGACCACAAAGCGAUGUUACUGCAUCCUCACGCGUCUUCCUUUCUUUGAUUUACAUUUUGGUAUAUUGAAUAGCAUGUUCACUCAAGAAAGGUUGGAAUGGCUAACAAAAGGCUUUAGCGUGUUAGAUUUGGGUUCGCCAGAGGUAUAUAACAAGGAAGGAGAUUCACAAGAGAAAUGUGAGAGUAUUUUGUCACAGCAUGAAUGUGAAGAGAGUAUAAUCAUCACAUCUUCUGAAAUAAGCACAGAAGGUUCUACGCCUAGGAGCGACUAUGAGAGCCAAGUGGGAGAGUUUGAUACACCAAGGCAAGCAAAUGGUCAUAAUGUGGUUCUUCCAAACAAUUCUGAAAUAGAACAACUCACACCUCAAAGGGAAUCUAGAGAUGCUCAUAACAUUGGCAUUGAUGAACUCUCUGCGAGGAAACUACCCAAUGAAAAGAAGUUACCUGAUGCGGUUCUUCCUCUGUUGCGGUAUCAUCAGUAUGAAAGCUCUGAAUCUUCUUCCAGUUUUCAGGGUUCACCAUGUGACGACAGGAUUUUUAGGGGUUGUGUGGAUGAGGCGGAUACAGAGGAAGCUUCUUCCUCUGGCCAGGAAGAUUCCAGUGACUACAACGAGGUUCUUGAAUGGGCCAAGGCAAACAAUCAUGGAUCAUUACAAAUAAUAUGUGAAUAUCACCGACUGCGUUGCCCUGCCCGAGGAACAACGCUUCUAUUUCGACCCUUGGACCAUCUGCAUCCUUUGGAGUUCCACAGGCAUGGUGGUUCAGUUUUUAGUCUUGCUGGCUCAACCAUUGACUUAAGAUCUUGCAAUACUAGUUUGGAAGUUGCUGAGGCACAAACUGCCCGCUCGUCAGAGGAGGAGGCAUCCGCCUUAUCCAUAUGGGCUGUUGCAUGCAUAUGUGGCUCCUUGAGACUUGAUAAUGUGUUAACCAUGUUUGCUGCGGCACUCUUGGAGAAGCAAAUUGUGGUUGUUUGCUCUAAUUUGGGAAUCCUGUCUGCCUUAGUUUUGUCAAUUAUUCCACUAAUCCAACCCUUCCGGUGGCAGAGCCUUCUAAUGCCGGUUUUGCCUAAUGACAUGCUGGACUUCUUGGAUGCUCCUGUCCCGUACAUAGUAGGUGUAAAAAACAAAACCUCCGAAGUCAUGACAAGGUUGUCAAAUGGCAUUCUGGUUGAUGCUAACAAGAACCAGGUACAAUCACCCACAAUGCCACAAUUGCCCAAGCAAAAAGAGUUAAUCUCAUCUUUAAGUCCAUACCACGCAAAGCUUGUUGGGGAAAGUUAUUUAGCAAAAAGAAGGCCAUUGUAUGAAUGCACCGAAGUCCAGAUUGAAGCCGCCAAAGGCUUCCUGUCAGUGCUAAGAUCAUAUAUGGAUUCUCUUUGCUCAAAUUUGCGGUCUCAUACAAUUACUAACGUUCAGUCCAAUGAUGAUAAGGUAUCUUUACUCUUAAAAGAGAGUUUUAUCGAAUCAUUCCCAAGGCGCGAUAGGCCAUUUAUGAAGCUUUUUGUGGACACACAGCUCUUCUCUGUACAUACAGAUCUUGUACUCUCGUUCUAUCAAAAGGAUUAGUGUCAUCACCAUAGGUAUAGAAUUGUUGGUAUCAAGGUAUAAAAAAGAAAAGUAAAGUAUACCUUCAGAUCCAGCUUUGUAAAAUUUAUAAUACUUCGCUAUAGUCGUGUUAGGUUUUAUUUACCAGUGUAAUAGAAAUGUUGUGUUUUUGUGUUGUGGGUCUGCUCAUUGUAAAAAAAAUUUAGUUACAAAUAUAUGUACUUCCUCAUACCUCUGUGUAAACAACUUUGCCUAGGUAGGAUUUUUUGAAUACAAAGAGGAAACUACUUGUGAAAACAA